AUGGCAACCUCUCCAGACACAGCGAUUCCUCAACUCGCAGGGGCUCAAAGGCCCUCCUUACACUUUCCUCUUAGGCAACGCCAAACAACUCAUCCAGCUCAGAGAGGAAGCGUUGGCCAAAUCCAUGCCCUCUCUUUCUCACGACAUAGCCCACAGGGUCAUCCCUCACGUCUCCCUAUGGUCCAAGCAAUACGGUAA